AUCACAGCUCCUGCUCCGGGUCUAAACAAGGAGGAACUUUUCGCUGGGAGUUGAAACUGCCUGACGAGGACGUGGGAUGCUGGGAUGGGGAGAUAAAACUACGACUAGGGGGGUGAAAAGUCUAAAAAGUGCGAUGUACUUUUCUUGUCCCUGAAAAAGAAACUAUGGAGAACGCCUCUGUGUCCGCCCAAGGCCAAGCGCACCAAGCCCAGAUCAUGGAAAACCCGCUCCAGAACUAUCUCCUGGGAAUCCUCAUCUCCAUAUGUGGGAAUGUCCUCAUCAGCUUUUCACUCAACAUUCAGAAAUACGCUCAUGUCCGUCAGGCUCAGCGUGGCUCCAAGCCGUAUUACACCUCCGGCGUGUGGUGGUGCGGUGUGACUCUCAUGGGCGUUGGGGAGUUGGGGAAUUUUGCGGCCUACGGCUUUGCACCUGCCUCGCUUAUUGCCCCGCUGGGCUGUGUGUCUGUUAUAGCCAGCGUCGUCAUCUCCGUGGUUUUCCUGAAGGAGACCGUGUACACCUCUGACAUUGUUGGUGGCACUCUGGCAAUAACAGGGACAUACCUCCUUGUUACCUUCGCCCCCCAUACAUCAACCCACAUCACAGCUCAUCUGGUGCAGUACUACUUCAUCAGCUGGCACUUUUUGCUUUACCUUCUUAUUGAGAUCAUCCUCUUUUGCAUCCUCCUCUAUCUGUACAAGAGGAGAAAUGUGAAGCACAUCGUCGUUGUGAUGCUGCUGGUCGCCCUGCUCGCCUCUCUUACAGUCAUCUCGGUGAAGGCGGUGUCAGGAAUGAUCACCGAGUCGAUACAAGGUCAACUGCAGCUCAUCUACCCCAUCUUCUACGUCAUGCUUGUUGUCAUGGUGGCCUCCUGCGGAUUCCAGAUUAAAUUUCUCAAUCAGGCCAUGAAGAUGUUUGAUGCCACAGAAGUGGUUCCAAUCAACUUUGUGUUCUUCACUACAAGUGCUAUAGUUGCAGGAAUAGUAUUUUACCAAGAGUUUGAGGGCUUGGCUUUACUGAACAUUCUAAUGUUCUUACUUGGCUGUCUUCUGUCCUUCCUUGGCAUUUUCCUGAUUGCUCGAAACAGACCGAAGAUAAAGCAACAAGACAGCAAUUUCAUCGAAAUGAACAGGAUUCCAGGCAGAACGCGCACGGACAAAGUGCAGCCCGAGGCCAAGACUCCAACAUACGGAUCCCUGGCAGCUAAACUCAUGUGCAGCAGCACUGGCCAAACAGACGAGUCGUAGGACCAGCUCCAUCUGUUGGGACUCCCAGUUUUUGUCAACGUUUCUAUUUAUAGAAAUGAUGGGCAUCUCUGAACUUGUGCUGGUGGCUGCAUUUGUGAUUUUCUACCCUGAUUUAUUCUUUAAAAUAUUUGACUCUGCAUUAUUGCAUCAAUGAAUAAUGGGAACAUAUGGCUUUGAGAAUAAACACUCAAGAAUGACA